AUGGACCCAGUCCUCGUGCUUGGCGGCUGCGGAGGCCUCGGACACCACAUCAUCAAACAGCUCCUCGAAACCAAGAAGGCAUCGGAUGUGACCGCUUUCGACAUUCGUGUUGAUGUCAAUCGUGUACUAGGAGCAAAGUAUGUGCAGGGAAGCAUAGCCUCACAGCAAGACGUGCGCUCGGUGCUAGAAGCCGUCAAACCGAAGGUUAUCAUGCAUACGGUAUCUCCAACCCUUAUGGGUCAGAAAAACACGAAAAAGGUUUUUGAAAAUGUCAAUGUAGGCGGAACAAGGAUUCUCAUCGAAUGCAUUGCCGAGACAAACUAUGUCAAGGCUCUGGUCUACACAUCUAGUUCUUCCGUUAUCCACAACAACAUAACCGAUCUCGUGGAAGCGACGGAGGAAGGCCGCCUUUUCUACUGGCCUGAACAGACCGAAUUCUAUAGCCAUACCAAAGCUAUGGCUGAAGACUUGAUCCAAGGUGCGAACCGACAAAACGGCUUACUUACGACCAGGCUUCGUGGUUCGCUCCUGUUUGGAGAAGGCGACGCGACUGCGACACCACAAAUGAUCGCAAAUGCCAGGACUGGCCGAACAAGAUUCCAGAUAGGUGAUGGAACCAACAUCUUCGACUUUACCUAUAGCGGAAAUACCGCUCAUGCUCAUAUUCUCGCUGCCGAAGCGUUACUGCGCGAAUCUGACAGUCAUGCCGACCGUGAAGGCCCUCUAAAAGUGAAUGGAGAAGCUUUCUUCAUCACUAACGAUGAACACUGGCCAUUCUGGGACUUUGUUCGAGCUAUUGCCGCCGAGGCUGGCCAUCCAGUCCCCAAGGACAAGGUGACAGUGAUACCGAGCUCAGUGUACUACGCCUUCGCUGUCAUUGCAGAAUGGUCCGUCUGGGCCUUUAGCCUUGGAUCCAAGGAGUCCUAUGUCAAUCGCCGCAUGGCCAAGUACCUAACUAUGACUCGGACAUUUGACAUUUCGAAGGCGAAAGAGAGGUUGGGAUACCAGCCACAAGUCGGUAUGCAGGAGGGCAUCAAGCGAACUGUACAGCAUUACCUC